CACCAUGAAGACCACGUUCGCCAUCCUCGCUGGCGCCGUCCUCGCUGCCGCCCAAGACCUCAGCUCGCUGCCUCAGUGCGGUGUAAGUAACCCCGACGAUCCUGUGCCAGCAUCGAAGGAGUACCUCAUUGCGCGCUCGGUCGGCCUCUGACUGAACUGUUCAUCACUGACCAGCGCACAGCAAACAUGCAUCAACAACAUGCUCCAGGUUGCCAGCUCCCAGCUCGGCUGCGCGGUAGGCAACGUGACCUGCUACUGCACCUCGCCCGAGUUCGGCUACGGUGUCCGUGACUGCUCGAACCAGGCCUGCCAGAACUCGGCGGACGCGCAGUCUGUCAUCUCAUACGGUCUCACAUUCUGCUCAGGUAAGGGACCGCAAUGGGAGCUGUUUGCGACCCUGCACUAAUAUCUGAGAUCAGCUGCUCUCGCUCAACAGGUCGCGUCCGGUAGCAGCGCGGUCACUGCCUCUGCAAGCGCUGUCUCCGUCCUCGCUUCUGCCGGU